AUGUCUAGUUCUAGUCCUCCUCAUAGAGCAAUCCCGGGUAGAAAAGAUCUAGCUUGGAAAUAUACAGAACCUUUUCCUGGGCAAAAAAUAGGAGAGGCAAAAUGUAAAUUUUGCAAAACAAUCUUUCAUGGAGGCAUAAAUAGAUUGAAAUACCACCUUGCUGACAUACGUGGCCAUGAUGCAGAGCCUUGCGCAAAAGCACUUCCUGAGGCUAUUUGUGAGUGCCAAGUGCUAUUAGACACAUUUGAGACUCGAAAAGAAAUAAAGAAGAGGCAAAGGGAGGAGUUGGCUAAGACUAGCAUUGGUUGUGUUGGAGAUGCCUCUUCCAUGCCUCUAUAUUGUCCUAGUGGGAGUGCUAGUGCUUUUGUUGCCGGCAGUGUCAGUGCUAGUGGGAGUAUCAGUGCAACUCCAACCAUUGGUCCUAGAGUUCGUAAAUCUAGGAUGGAUUCAUAUUUUGAGCCAUGCACUACUCCUGGUGCCCAACCUUCACUUGAGAGCAUGGCUUGGAACAAAGAGGUACACAAUAAGGCAAAAGGUGCAAUUGGAAGAUUUUGGUUUUAUUGCAAUAUUCCAUUCUUCGCAGCCAGGUCUCCUUCUUGGCAGAACAUGGUUGAUGCCAUUGCUAUUUGUGGGGCGGGUUUCAAAGCCCCUUCUGAUUCCGAGUUAAGUGGCCCAAUUUUGAUAGAAUUGGUGGCUGAUGUAAAAGCCACAUUAGAGGAUCAACGAGAGAUAUGGAAGAAGGGGGGUUGCACCAUCAUGACCGAUGGUAGAACUGAUAGGAGAAAUCGGACGCUCCUAAAUUUUCUUAUUUCUUCUAUAGGUGGCACCAUGUUCGUGAAGUCCAUUGAUGCUUCCGCACAUUCUAAAAAUGCCACUUACCUAUGUGAGGUUAUAGAGGAGGUCAUAUAUGAAGUGGAUGAGGAGAAUGUAGUACAAGUGGUGACCGAUAAUGCAGCAAAUUAUGUUGCUAGUAAGGCAACUUUGAGACGUAUGUUUGUUGGUGAGGAGUGGACUUCGUCAUCCUAUGCUACGAGUGCUGCAGGAGUUGAUGUUGGAGAUUACAUUUUUGAUGAGCCAUGCUUUUGGACCCCUUGUGCUGAGAUUGUGAAGUUUUAA